AUGACACCAAAGUGGCUCGAGUCCUUCGCUCUCACUGCAGCCAUCUCUCUCCUCGUCGUCAACUUCACUUACAAGGCCUUCAGUCUCACUUGGCUCCUCCGCUCACAAGAGCCUGAGCUCAUAAACAACGGAAUCUGGGAGAUCGACCGACCCCCCGUCGCGCUCGCCUUCGACGCCGGGCUCCACUACGACCUCAACGCCUCCGCCGCCUGGGCGGCCCUCGUGCCCGGGGACGGCCUCGUCCACCUCGGCCCCGCGCGCGAGCCGUUCCUCGUCUCGAUGCUCCACCAGCUCCGCUGCCUGGACGUCAUCCGCGACCAGCUCGCGAAGCCGCUCGCCGCGCGCACGGAGCAGCCCGCGCGCCACUGCAUCAACUACGUCCGCCAGAUGAUCCUCUGCCGCUCCGGGCUCGAGCUCGACGCGUACCAGUACCCGAGCAACAUCAAGCCCGUGGAGCCGCACCCGGAGCGGCGCUGCCUCGACUGGCGGAAGGUGUACGAGGCGGUGGAGGAGAACCAGCGGGAGCACGCGGCGUGGCUGGGCGCGCGCGAGAUGCGGGCGGAGCUGUGA